AAGGUUGCCCACUUCCUCUCGGCGGACCGAACUGUGUCAUGCGCCUCCGUUGUAAUGUUCAGAUUUUGCAGUCUGCAAUACAAUAGAGAAAUGCUCAAUUAGUUGAUACAAACAGGCCCCAGUUGGGAACUGAAGAUAAUCUACGAUCGCGCUACCUAGCGAUUUCACGCGUUAGAGAGUGUUUAAUUAGCUGAGGAUAUAGUGCCAUCUGGUACUGAUAUGCAAUAUCUGAGGGAAGCUCUAUGUUUAGGUCUACAUGUUUUGGUUAGUUUUGUCAGACACUGGAUAGUUGUGUUUCAACAGUUCACUAUUGUCUGAACACAACAUGAACAUGUGAUCUUACUGAAAAUUUGGGUAUGCUGCUAUUAUUGUAUAAACAUGUUUAAUUUCUUGGUCAUACUUAUGAACUCUCUCUCUCUCUCUCUCUCUCCACACAUUAGGUCAAUACAGUGACAGGGCUGUACUUUAGGUAGUGUAGUUUCUUAGUACCACUUUGGUCAGAUUUGUUGAGGCCUGAUGUUACAGGUUGGACAAAUCUUUGGGUGGUAUUAAUGUGACCAAUGUUGUUAGGAUUUGGAUCCAAUCUUUUUUUGCUUGAUAAAAUUGGAUAGUAGGAUUGGAUUGUAGUAUCGAUAUCUUAGUGGAUUUUUCAAACUAAAUCACGGUGUUCAUGUCACCUUUGGCGUGAUUAUCAUGCUCUGCUGAGAAUCUGCUUUUAUUAACCUUUGGUGAGCAGUUCCAAACAGGCCCAUGGCAGGAUUGAUGUCGUCUUGCCUUGGUAGGAUCAUGGUAACAGAAGCAACGCCGAUAUUAUGACUUUAGAGAUCUCAUGAGUUUAUGGACUGAAACUAGGUUGGGCAGUGGCAUGGUUAACUUUAUUUUGCUCUAUAUGGGCUCUUCACUCUAAAGCAACAUGGCAACAAUGCAUGCACACAAUGCAGGAGCAAAUAACAGCUAAUUAUUUCUGGCAAAGCCUGAGGUAUUGUGACGAGGAUGCAGCCCCGUAGAUGAAGUGGAGAGUUUUGCGCCAUUUGAGCUGGGGGGUGCAUCUGUAUCGGGCCCAUAAUGUAGUAUCUCCAUUUUAAAAAGGUUUGAGUUUAGGAAAAGAAUUGUUUACUGUAGUGAUUCAAUAACCCUUCACCCUGUCUGCAUUACAACUUUCAUAUAUGAUGUGAACGUUUGGUGACAAGAAAGAGAUGGCGGGCAAUAUCUGUAGACUGGAUGGUCAGGAACCUGUGAGGUGAUCUGUAUCCAGGAGUUCAAAAGGGCCUGUGAGGUGAUCUGUAGUCCAGGAGUUCCAUUGUUCGCUUGACCAGGCCUGGUACUGGCAGUUCACAUCGGUAGAUAGCCAAAGCACGGCACAUGUGUACAUUGUCGCACGACGAGUUGGCGGAAGUGCAGGUCAUGGUGAGGCCAAGAUCUCAACUCGCACUACCGUCUGAUCCGAUGGCGUUGGCGUCUCGGCGAUUAUUUCGUCAGCGGACGUGGCGUGUCCCUGGUUGCAUUUCAAAGGCAAUGCCAUUGCCACCCACCAGCUGCCAACGUCUGCGCCGUGUGUGCCAUCUGAAUCGCCGAUGCAGACCGCGAGCGACGGCGGCCAUGUCAAACGGGACAGCGCCAGCCAUCCAGAAAGUAACUCGCGCGGGAGACGGCGCAGGCCGCCAUCCCAUCCCCUUUCGUUGCUGUCGCGGCGCCCCUGCCGACUGCUGCGGCUGUUCGUAUUCUCGCUCGUAUUUGCAACUUGUGGGCGGCGGGAUUUGCUGCCUCCCGCCAAGACAAGAAAGCCGACGACCUCCGGGCGGCGCAGCAGCUUCUGGGCGGCGAGAUUUGCUGCAAGCUUGCUUCCCGCCACGGCGUCCAGCCAUCUCAAGAUUCGCGGCUCCGCUGACUUCGCAGCGCUCUUUCAAACGAGGUCCCCUGCAGGAGUAUGUGGUUCAAAACACGACGUCGUCGUUGUGAUGUGCAUGCUCGCAUGUUUGCUGAGCACGAACUCCUCCAGUUAACAACAAUUGCUCGGAUGGCUGAGGAAGAAGAAAAUAUGCCUCAUCGUGGCUCUGUUGUGGGACGCCGAACUAUACCAAGGGAUCGUUACAGUGGUUACUUUCGUUUGAUGCAAGACUACUUCAUUCAACAGCCAGUUUAUGGUGACAAUUUAUUUCGUCGACGGUUCCGAAUGUCAAAAAAUAUGUUCAAUGAUAUUUGUGAAGCUGUGGCGGCAGCAAAUAGGUACUUCAGGUUGACACACAAUGCCGCUGGGCAGGCCGGGUUCUCAACUAUUCAAAAGGUUACUGCUGCUUUGCGAAUGCUUGCAUACGGAGGACCUGCCGAUAGUUUGGAUGAGUACUUUCGCAUGGGUGAGAGCACGAUCAUCGAAACAGUAAAUAAAUUCACUCGCACCAUUGUUGUAAUCUAUGGUGAGGAGUACCUUAGGCAGCCCAAUACAGAGGAUAUUGCCAGGCUUCUUCGAAAGGCUGAAGAAAGAGGUUUUCCAGGAAUGCUCGGAAGCAUCGAUUGUAUGCAUUGGGAGUGGGAGAAGUGCCCCACUGCGUGGCACGGUCAGUAUCGAGGUCACCACAAGAAACCCACAAUUAUACUAGAAGCGGUGGCCAGUCAUGAUCUUUGGGUUUGGCAUGCAUUUUUUGGGAUGCCAGGUUCUUGCAACGAUAUAAACGUCUUGCAUCGUUCCCCGGUUUUCGAUAACCUGUCUAGCGGCCAUGCUCCUGAGGUUAAUUUCACAGUUAAUGGACGGGAAUACAAUAUGGGUUACUACCUAGCUGACGGUAUAUAUCCUCCAUGGGCUACAUUGAUCACUCCCAUUCCAGCCGCUGUUAGUAAUAAGCAGAAUCGGUUCAAUGAGAAACAGCAGGAGUACCGCAAAGACGUCGAGCGUACUUUUGGUGUCCUACAAGCAAAGUAUGCCAUCAUCAAAGGACCUUCAAGAAUGUGGGAUCCCGGGGAUAUGAAGUACAUAGUUCAAUGUGUCAUCAUACUGCACAAUAUGGGUAUCAAGUAUGAGAGAGGAAUGGAGCAGUUGGAGAUCGAGGAUUAUGAGGGAGCAUCCAGACCAUCAUUGGAUCCUAAUAGGAAUGUGUCGGAGGUUCAGCAACUCAUCAAUGCCCACCGACAGAUCCAAAGCCGAACAACCAAUGAGCAAUUGAAGAAUGACCUUGUUGAUCAUAUAUGGAACUUGCAUGGCUCAUCAACUGAAAUCUUGUAUAAAAGUUUGGCUCAUCAAAUACCUAGCUGAUUGACGAUUCCCUGAUUUAUCAACUUAGGGCAAUCUUGUAUAAAAGUUUGGCUCAUCAACUACCUAGCUGAUCGACGAUUCUCUAAUUUUAUUUUAUAGUUGAUCCUA